CUUAAUUAAAGGCCUUUUACUCCAAAGUGGCUGUUGCGACUUCCAGCUCAUUUUGAUAGGCUUGGUCACCUUCGAUUGUUGCACUAAGCUGGCCUCUCCAUUUCCCCAAGCGAAGGGACACUUGUACUUGGAAUAGAGAGCCCAGAAAACUCAUAGGUAUUCUGAUAUAUGAACGUUUAGGAAACAGUGGGAAUUUUGGUUGAUCUAACAAUUUGUAAGCUGGACUCCAAAUGUAAGUGGACUGCUUGAAAAAGAACAGAAACCUGUAAAGUUCUGAGAUGCUCCAAAAACCAAAAUUUACAAUCCACACCAUCUUUGAUUCUUUUUGUGUCUGAGCUUUGAUAAUUCCUUCACAAAAAUGGUUGCAGAGGGCAAAUAACAGAACAAUUAUUCCUGCAGCACUUGAUUGCAAAACAAUGCUUGAAAACAGUACAGUUAAAACCAUUCACACCAUCUCUAGACUUUUGGCUUGGGUGAAUUUGGAAUGUUGAAAGGGAAACAAAGAACUCCUUAUAAUCAUUAACAUAUGACUCAAAAGUACAAACUCGUGAAGGCAGGGUUGUUAUCUGACAAGAAACAUGCAACACCUGAGUAAAUAAGCCUAUGGCCGGAUAUCAACUACAAAAGGUUCCCGAUUUAUGUGGCAGGUGCUUUGGUACAAAUAUCUUCCUGUUUCUUUUGAAAAUGAUAUGGUUUAAAGCAACUUCUGAACUGCAACAUUCAAUGCACUUCUUCAGGGUGGAGUUAACUUGCAAUUACACAGUUAAAAGCACAAAUGGUCUAAAUGGGCACAAAUGCCAACUUCAAAUUUCUAGCACCAGUUUCUUGAACUAUUCUAUUUUAAGAGGUAAAUGUUUUCAUUUUAAUUUUUUCUCCAGUUUGUUCUCCCUCUGGAUCUUGAACAGCCAGCAGUGGCCAUGUCUUUGUAAGGGAAAUUCACAAGUCAACAUGGCCUCAAGAGCAGUCGCUAUCUGUUCUAGCGAACCUCCAAAUUUAUCAAAGAUGAAGAAGUUAUCCUUGGCUGAUGUCCAGGCUGGAUCAUCCUUCAAUUUUAAGUACAUUGAGGGAAAGAUUGCUAAGAUGUGGCCACUCCACUCAGCUGGCAAACACAAGCGAAUGAAAUUAAUUCUUGAGGAGGAGACGGGCGCCCAGGAUGCCCCGCCCCCAAGUAGGAUCAUUGUGUUCCUAACUGGAGCCUUUGCGGAGGAGUUCAUUCAGUUUUCUGAUGGAGACACUGUUAUUAUCAGUGAAGCUCUGAUCGAGAAGUCGCCAUCUUUCGUCACCGACUCCAUCCAUCCCUGUAACAUCCUGGUUGAGAAGACUCGAUCUAGGCCAUCAGUCUGGGUGAUACCUACCGAGAAACAGACGAAGGCUACCAAUACCCGCACCCCACAAAGCCAGGCUGCUUCCAGUUCCUCAACCUCAAGAUCUACAUCCACAGUGAUCUCAAGCUCUAGCAAUGCAAGCCAGCAACAGACCCCCACCACCAGACUCGAUGACACUGGGGCUGUGUCAUCGUCAUCUGCUCCGUCAACUAGCACGGUCAAUGCAGGGAAUCCAAACCAAGACACGCCUUGGAGUAGUGAUGCCGCCACAACCGCAGGGAAUCCCAUGGAUGCGUGGACAGUCCCGGAUGCAAACCUCUCACCCACAAAGAGGACUUACACCUACACUGUCCUCAGGGACUUGAAGGAAGCUCCUCACGUCAAUAUCUUUGGCGUUGUCAAAUUCUUCAAGCCUCCUUACAAGACCAGGGGACCAGAUUACUGUAUGACAGUGACCCUGAUUGACCAGACCCUUGACCCCAGCCAUCGCGGCUUACGAUGUCAACUCUUUCGCGAUGACAUCAAUGCUCUCCCCCAAGUACACGCUAUUGGGGAUAUUGUACGCUUCCAUCGCUUGAAGAUCAGCUUGUACAACAAUGGUUUACAAGGACAGAAGGGUAGUGGUUUCCAAUGCUUGGUGUUUGACGGAGCGGUAAACGCCCCCAUGGAACCAAGAGCAUCUAGCUCCAACUUCACACUGACAGAUGAUGACAAACAAAGGGUUGAGGAGUUAAGACUUUGGUCCAGUCGUCGCACCCAGCUGGCCCUCGACAACCGAUGUUGCUCCUUAGCCAAGAUGUACGUGGGCCAAUACCUUGAUCUUACCUGUCAAGUUGUAUCGGUGGCUGUCUUGUCUUCUGAGAAGUGUGCUGUAAUCCGUGUCUGGGAUGGAACCCAUUAUAGGGGACCGGUACGCGUGAUGGAUACCAGCAGCAGUGUGAACGUUCAGAAUGAUCCAGAGCUUGUCCAUAAGUCCGAAGGGCUGACUUAUGACGUGUCAUUGUAUGACAACCACAUGGAAACAGGUGCCAAACUGAAGCCUGGACAAUUUAUCAAGAUCUGCAAUCUGCAUGUUGCCAAGUUUCCGUUACUGGGGAGACCAGACGGCAGUCCAGAGAUGGUGGAACUUGUGUUGCAUCGUGGGACAUCUUACGGCCGAGGUGUUGUUACACUGAUGGAUUGGGAACAGGGAGUCAAGGAUAUGAUCAAACGUAUGGAGGAAAUUGUCCAAAACGCCCCAAGCAUUAGUGGAGUAAUCAAUCAGAAUGAAGCCCAGUCUUCAUUGGUUCCUGAACCCAUGGGUGGAACGAGCAAGAGUACACAAUUGACCAAUGGCAGCGCACCAGGCUCUCCCCUCCGAUGCAUGCAACGAUCUGCGUCAGUGAUAACUGACCAUUUUCACCAGAAGACCUCUCGCAUCGCUGACGUCAUCCAUGCAGAGGCCCCCAACAAGUUUCGGCUCCGAGCCAAAGUGAUUGACUAUCUUCCUAACAACAUCAUUGACUUCAUCCAUCUUUACUGCUCCAAAUGUAAAUUCAGAUGCCGAGUGCCUGCACCCCAAAAACCUGCCUCGUCAGAAAAGACCAGUACUCACAAGAAGGCUAGCUCUGCAGCCGAGCAGGCAACACCCUUGAAAGAUGCAGCUGUGAGCAAUGAAUACAAUUUGAGGAGAGCCACUUCAAAGGGAGCAGAGAGUACGAAAGAGGAAACAAUUCAAGGAGUUCGCACCCGGAGCGCAACGCAGGAAGCUGCCAAAGAAAGUCCACAGAAAGAUACCUCAAUUGAGAGCCCUAGACGAACCUGCCAAACCAAACCCUUGGAGUCAGAAAGGUCACCUGCAGAAGAAAGCGAAAGAUCAUCAAGAAAAUGGAGUACUUUAAGGAAACGACCAGCUACUCAGGUCUUGCAAGAUGAAGAUGCCCCAAGCCCUAAGAAGAACCGUAGAGGAACGUCCAAGAUGGCAGCUGGGACAGAUAAAAGGAAGGCAUCGUCAGAGACAGAUAGCAGCGGGAUAGAGGUUGAUGGCAACAGCAAGCAAGAUGUUGGUCAGGGCAGUACAGCAUCCAGUGAUAUGGGAAAGAGGUUGAUGAUGACUGAUAUCUAUGGACGGAACAUCACUGCAGAGCUUGUGAGUACCAGUGAUGAUGGAGAGGAGGAGGGGGAGGAGUCUAGAUUUAAUAGGAGGCGGAGACAGAAGAUCAGAGUUGAAGUUGACAGCUUGACACCUGAAGAGGCCCUGUUGAUGGCACGCCUUGGAUUGAGACUAGUCCACUAUGGCGGCGUGCCGAUUAGUAAAGGUCAGGUGACCAUUCCUGGAACCAAUCACAAAGAUUCUAACAGCUCUGUCUAUUACCUCUGCCCCCAUUGCUCAAGAGUUGAUGAUACACAAGACGUUGCAGAAGAUGCACCCCUUCUACGGUACACUUACUGUGUGAAGUUAUUUCUGGAAGAUGGCACCGGUUCCAUUGAAGUUAUAGCUGACAGACAACAUGCACAAACCUUUUUUCAGGGCAUUCGGGCUACCAAUCUCCACACUUCCCUGGAUGCUAAAUUCCAACUUGAGGAGGCAAUGAUCACACUCUGCCCCUACCCGGCCGGUACAGGGUUCGAGUCUCCUACCAGCAAUCAGAGGACAUCCCUAGAUAAUCUGACCAGCCAUCCUUGGCUUGAAUGUUGCAUCAUGUCAUACCCGGUUACCCUUGGAGGAACCGAAGUCACCAAGUACCAGGUAUUUGACACUGCGCUUGCCUUGGAUGUAGAGUAGGGUUUGGAUUUGUACAGAAUGAUUCAACUCCCUCAUGUAACUUUCAGUCACAACCGUUGGCCAGUCUACUUAGUUACAGCUUAACUUCCUGCAUCACAUCUUGCCAAGUUAACUCUAAACAGAGGUCGUCUGGUACCAGGAGCCACUUUCACCCAGUUGGGAGGAGCUCACCGGAAGAGUUGUUGUAAUUGCUGCAGAAAAUUUGCUGAUUCGAAAUGUAUUUGGAGGUCUGGCUGUUUGUGAUUAUGACCUUUACAACAUUGGUCAAUUUUGAGAUGAGAAACAAAAACGUCAUGUCAGAUGUCACACAUUUAUGAAAAAAAAAUAUAUAAAAUCAUAAGUGUGAUUGCAUGAUUUCUUGUAUUGAGGUUUUUUUUGGAUUUUCAAUUAGUUAAACAUGUUUGCUGUUCUUUUACAUAUCAUUAGGUUUUGCUUGGAAUUUAUCAUUUGUCACUGUAGUCAUUAUGUCAAUUAAAGGUCAUUAUGAUGAUCAGCUCGUUGAGACAAACUCACGCUUUCCAUGAGAAUCAAACCUGUCUUUGUGCAUGGAACAAGCAAUUCCAACUUUAUACCUGUGGUUUUUCUGAUUCAAAAAAGAUUAAAUAUUUCGAGUCUUACUACCGCUAGGAUCCAGAGAAUUUCAAUAUUUUGUCUCAUACUUGACUUGGAAUGGUUUAUGGUAAUAUGUUAUUGUUCUGUGCUAACAUACAGUAGAGUGGACUUGUGGUUAAAAACUGUGAGCCACUGCAUUUAACUGGAGGGCGUAAAUCUGGCACAGUAAUGGCAAAAAUGAUCCGCCAUUCCAAACCAGGCUUAUGUAGGUCAUGUCCAUGUUAGACAGUUCUCCCAAGUGUUCAUAUUCAAACUUUUGUAUAACAAGUUUGAAUUUGGAAAGCUUAAGUAGUUACAAGCAAUGGGUCGUGGAAUCUCAUUUUCAUUGGUAUCAUUUUCCCGAUCAUAGCUUAUAAUUCAUCUGCCUGGUUUUUCUUCAACCUAUACAUGUAAAUAAAACAAAUGUGGAAAAAUCAGGGAUCUUACUGAACUCAAAGCCAGGAUAUCCAAAUCUGACAGCUUCUGAGUAAAUGAGAUGUCAUCGUACCUGAAGAUUCAAGAGACUUUGUCAGAUGAAAAUGUCACAGGGGACAGGGCCUCGAGAGAUGUACGUUGUCAUGGCUUCUUUCAACUUUACAUCACUGGCUAGACUGAUCAAUGUACUGACCUAGGGUACGUUUCCUGCAAGAAUGCAGUGCUUUGCAAAUAGUGAACAGGUAAACAAGAAAAUUAAAACGGCAUCAUUUAGUAUCAGGUCAGCUACAUCAUGGCGGUUUUAUUUCUAAAUGUACCAUGUGUACAGCAGAAUAUUACAGAUUUGUACAAAGUCGGUAACAUUUUUAACAUUCUGGGAAAGUCUUCUCUCUUUAAAUGCAACAGAAGCCAUGUCAAGUUUGUAACUUUGUAACCAAAUAUGCAUGAAUCCUGAGGGAAAAAAACAGUCUGUUGAUACAUUUGUUUGAAUAAAAAUGCACCAAUAGAAAUGA